AUGACCACCUUGCAAGUCUUUGCUCAUAGAUUAGGCGAUGCAAAUCUAGGUAUCAACCUCAAAGUUACUAUUGCCAACGAAUUGAGAGAUCAGGUAGAGGUGUUCCAGACAGCAGAGUAUCCCAAAUUUCUGUCGACGCUGAUACCAGUCUUUCUUGACAUACUUCAAAACGAUCAACCUGUUUUUAUCAGCAAUGCACCUGAGCAGAAAUUACGAAAUAUUUUACUGGAAAUCAUUUAUCGAUUGCCACAAACAGAAGCAUUGAAGGAAUACGUACCCGAAUUAUGCAAAGCGUUGAUGAAGAUUCUUCGCGUGGAGAACGAGGACAAUGCGGUUGUCUGUGUCAAGAUCAUUAUUGAUUUACACAGAUCGUUUCGGCAAGUAUUAGAGGACCAAGUGCAGCCCUUUUUGGAGAUUGUGCAAGAGAUAUUUCAAAACAUGGAGCAGACAGUCAAAGAUGCCUUUGAUAAUCCUGAUAUCACUACACCAUUGUCGGCAGCAUCACCUCGACCCAUGUCUCCAGCAGCCGACACACCCGAGAUACCAACCAAAGUAUUGGCAAAGAGCAUGUUUAGUUUCAAGGUCUUGACAGAAUGCCCUAUCAUUGUUGUCUUGCUGUUUCAAUCCUACAGACGCUCUGCCUCUGAAAACAUUAUGAAAUUCAUACCACUGAUAUUUCAGACAUUGGGGUUGCAAGCCAAACCACAGAUGGAAGCUGCCAAUGCCGCACUUGCUAGAGGAGAAGUCUUUGUAGGUGUUAGCCCUGCCAUCAAACAGAGAAGCCUGUACAACGAAUUCAUUAUCGCUCAAGUCAAGACCAUGUCAUUUUUGGCCUACAUUCUGCGAAGUUAUACAGCCCUGUUACGACCCUACCAACACCAAAUUCCUGACUUUGUAUUGCGAUUACUGAGAGAAUGCCCAGCUGAAUCCUCUGCCACCAGAAAAGAACUGCUAGUGGCUACGAGACACAUUUUAUCCACUGAUUUUCGCACAUCGUUUGUACCCAAGAUCGAUCUACUAUUGAACGAAAAGGUGUUGAUAGGCACAGGAGUGACAGCACAUGACACAUUACGACCCUUGGCUUACAGCAUGCUGGCAGAUCUGAUUCACCAUAUUCGAGCAGAGCUAACCGCUUCUCAACUCUCGCGCACCAUCUACAUUUACUCUCGCAACCUGCACGACGCUACACUGGCACCCAGCAUCCAAACCAUGUGCGGCAAAUUGCUGCUCAACCUGAUAGACUGCAUCAUGAAGAUCCCAGACAAGUCAGAGGGACGAGAGUUGCUGAUGCGCAUCUUGGAUGCAUUUGCCAGUAAAUUUGAGGCACUGAACAUCCAAUUCAGCUCCUGUGUCAAGCAGUACAAAAAGAAGAAUGCGCCCCCCACGACUAAAAACGGCAGCAUGGAAGAGGACAAUGACGACUUUACAGAGAUUGACUUUGACCAUGCACGCUCCAUUCAUACAGCCUCCUUCUUGUCAGAAGCAGCUCACGACGGCAUCAAGGACGGUCGAUUUCUAUUUAAAAACUUGGCUAUUGGGUUGAAGCCGCUGUUCAUUGGUCUUCGCCACUGCAACCCACCGCCGCCGCCAGGACAAGAGAUCAGCAACCCUCAAGUCUACGCUCAGUUUGCACGUGGAUUCUCGCAGGAUGAUGUGCAGCUGUUUGCCCGCUUGUUCCGAGAGGGCCUCAAAUGCUUCGAGUACUACAAUGUGGACAAUUAUGGACCUGACGGCUCUUUGCCUGAUUAUUCACCACCAGAGGAAGAGAAAACCAAGGACAAUUGGACCAUUGGAUCCACUGAGACAUGCUUAAAAUUGAACCUGCAACAGAACGGAGAGAAGGAAGUACUGGAUACGUUUCCCAUUGUAUUUACACUGCUGGAUCCUGCUGUCUUCCAAGAGCUGUUUGCCUCUCAAAUCGACUUUUUCUACGACCGCAUGCUGAUCAACACUUCACUGCUGCAUCUGUCGCAGUACUUUUUAGUGAAUGAAAUUACCACACAAGGCUUUGCGGGCAUCUUGUUUCGCUUCUUGGUGGACCGCAUUGAUCAGCUGGGACAGGACAAUCUUCACUACUCUGCCGUCAUGCUGCAUCUGUUUAGACUCGCAUUCAUGGCUGUCAACUUGUUUCCCGAUGCCAAUGAGGGCAUUCUUCAACCUUACUUGGCCAACUUGGUCAUGUCCUGCUUCAAACUAGCUGCCAAGGCCAAAGAGCCCGCCAACUACUUUUUGCUGCUGCGCGCCCUGUUCAAGAGCAUUGGUGGUGGCCGAUUUGAACUGCUCUACAAAGAAGUAUCGCCUCUGCUCCAGGUAAUUCUCGAGAAUCUCAACUCGCUACUGUCUCUUGCGCACAAAACGGACAUGCGCAAUUUGUUUGUGGAACUCUGUUUGGCUGUGCCUGUGCGCCUCAGUACACUGCUGCCGUAUCUUCCUUACCUGAUGCGUCCUCUUGUCAUUGCACUGCAAGCAGACCAAGACCUGGUGUCUCAAGGCUUGCGCACUAUGGAGCUCUGCAAUGAUAAUUUAAACCCUGAAUUCUUGGACCACAUCAUGGCGCCUGUCAUGUCUGAAUUGAUGGACGCUCUCUGGAAACAUUUGAAGCCAUUGCCUUACAAUCAGCAACACAGCCAUGCUGCCAUGCGCAUUUUGGGUAAGUUGGGUGGUCGCAAUCGUCGUAUGCUCAAGAGCCCACCCAAGCUAGGCUUCAAUGCACGUAUUGAGAGCGGUAUCUCGCUGGAGGUGGUCUUUGAUCCCAACCCUACGCCACACACACUUCCUCUGGACAAGUGCUUGGAGAUUGCUAUUCAUGCAUUGACCACUGCACAAACAGACAUUGUCUACAAGAAGCACGCUUAUAAUUUCCUCAAGACCCACUUGAUUUUGAUGCUGGAGCUGGAUGAGGGACCUGACGAUUUGGCUGAAUCCUUGUAUAAGCGAGUCAAAGAGCAAUUUACAGAUCGUUCAUCGGACGAGGAGAUUGCAGCUACUACCGCUACCACCACCACCACCACUACAACACCAGCUGCUACUACUAGCACCACCACCACUACAAGUGCAUCAACUCCUACUGCUAGUCUCGUCACUGCCAAUAUGGGUCGCAUUACAGUAGAUGAAGACAACUCUGUCGUUGGCAACACCUUGAAUGAAACAGGCAUGAAACCCAAACGACUGGCUGGUAACGGCUACACCAAAUACGUCUCUAAGCGAGUGGCACAAGAAGAAGCCCUGCGAUCCAUCUUGGUGUCUGUCAUGUCUGCAUCCAUCAUCCCUGAACUGAGCGAUGAUGCUUGGAAAUUCUUUGUCAACAUCUGUCGCCAUUUCACGCUACUUCAUAUUGGUGAAGCCAUUGAAGCCAAGGAAAACGGCCGCAAACCACUGGCCAACAUGAUGGAUGAACGUCUGACAGUGCAACAUCUGAACACAACCAUCCUCGUAGAAGCCAUUGUGGAAGUCAUGUCCUCUUCUCAGAUCCAACUUCGCAAGCGUGGUGAAGAGGCAUUGCAUGCCUGCUACGACGUGGCUACAGCCAUUUUUGGAUCCAAAGAGCAUGUGGAUCAGCUGCCCAUCUUUCGCGUGUUUGCAUCUCAAUUCUGUUCCUGCUGCUAUAAGCCUGAAUGGUUCAAGAAGCGUGGAGGCUGUCUCGGUAUCUCUAUCAUGAGUUCUCAGCUGGAUUUGGGCACCAAAUGGAUGCGUGAGCAUGAACUGGAUUUCAUUCGAUCCCUGCUGUUUGUCUUGAAGGACGCUGCACCAGAAAUGGCCAAUGUCAAUACGGAAGAAGCGACACAGACACUGUCUCAUGUCCUUAAAGUCUGCAAUGGCCCUGAAGACGGCGAAACAGCUGAAGCACAGCAAAAAUUCCAAAACUUGAUUACCUUGCUGCUCAGUGAACUGUCCAACUCCAACAGUGCUGUGCGAGAAACGAUUCAAUCUUCCUUCCAGUUGCUGGCUGAUCUGACAGGCAACGAAGUAACCGAGCUGCUGGCUCCCGUGCGCGAACGUCUUGUGGCGCCCAUCUUUGCUAAGCCCCUGAGAGCGUUGCCCUUUGCCAUGCAAAUUGGUCAUAUUGAUGCCAUCACGUACUGCCUCACACUGCGUCCUCCCUUUUUGGAGUUCAACGACGAAUUGACGCGCCUGCUGCACGAAGCUCUGGCAUUGGCAGAUGCUGAAGAUCAAGCACUGCAGAGCCGCAACUCGCAAUACAAGAACACCACGUCGCUGAUGAACCUGCGUAUCGUCUGUAUUAAACUCUUGUCUGCUGCUUUGGCAUGCUCUGAUUUCUCCAGUCAGCGACAGACGCACACACGCGCUCGUAUCAUCCAAGUCUUUUUCAAAUCCUUGUAUUCCAAGUCGCUGGAGGUUGUGGAAGCAGCACACCGUGGAUUGAAGCAAGUGCUAGCUCAACAGCACAAACUGCCCAAGGAACUGCUGCAACAGGGCUUACGUCCCAUCUUGACCACGCUUUCCAACCACAAGACGCUGAGUGUGGCCGGCCUGGAGGGACUCGCACGAUUGCUGGAGCUGUUGACCAACUAUUUCAAGGUGGAAAUUGGCAAGAAACUGCUGGACCACUUGAAACAGUGGGCAGAACCUAAAGUGCUGCAGGAGGCUGCCGGCAAACCCUUGAGCGAAAACCAUGAAAUCAAGAUUAUCGUGGCUAUUUUGAACAUCUUCCACUUGCUGCCUGCUACGGCUCACAUUUUUUUGGAUGAUCUGAUUACGGUUGUAUUGGAGAUGGAAGGUCAUUUGCGUCGAUCUGUGUCCAGCCCUUUCCGACCCAACUUGAUCAAGUAUCUCAACAGAUACCCCACCGAGACAGUCGAGUACUUUUACAAAAAGCUGGAUGAUCCCAAGUGCUGCCAAUUGUUUAUUGAUAUUCUCAAUAUGGAGAACGCCUCCAGACUGCGCGAUGAAGUUGCCAGUACAUCGACUGAAUUGAUCAGCAAAAUCUUUAAAAUAUCAGAGCCCACGGAGCAUGCUGCAUCGACACCCAUCAACGUGCUUCAUUAUCGCGGUGUCAUGAUUGUGCACACACUGCUCAACUACACGCCUGAAUUCCUCGAUACACACAGAGAUGUAUUAGACGCGCUGCUGGAGUUGUGGCGCUCACGACAGAAGAAGGUCCUCACACCACAGCAAAAGGAGCAAGAACAGCAGAGCCUCAUCAUCACACGUGAGUUGCUCUUGCUGACCAAGAUUUUUGUUGAGUAUCUGGAGCGAAAUCCUAGUGAAAUUGACAUUGUCUUUGAUCUGGUGUCUCUAUUUGCCCAGGAGUCCGUAGUAGAUCUCUCCUAUUUACAAAAGUUUUUGCUGGAAAAGAUUGCCCUCAAGUCAUCUGCCAAGCAAAAGCGAUUGAUUCUGGACAAGUUUUUGGCCUUGUUUACGGACAACACGGUCUCCUCUUAUCUCAAGAUGAUGGCACUGCGUCAAAUUGUGAAUCCUGCACUGCUGGCUACGUUUGUGCGCAAGAAUGGCGAGUAUACCGAGAUUCUGGAUGCUGCCAUGAUGGAGCAGCUCCUAGAAAAGAUCUGGGCCAACCUCAUGAUGGAAGCUAAUGAAGACAAUCAGUACACGGAGGAUUCUCUGCGAAUUGAGCUACUGCAAAUGACUGCUAUGAUUGUGCAAUACGCGCCUCAACUACUGGCUGAUCGUCGCAAGGAAGUGAUCAAGUUUGGUUGGAACUACUUAAGAUUGGAAGACGCUACGAGCAAGCAAGCUGCCUACGUGUUGAUUGCUCAUUUCAUUGCUGCCUAUGACACACCGAGUAAGAUUGCCAUUCAAAUCUACGCCGCUCUGUUGCGUGCUCAUUCGUCCGAGGCAAGAGUGCUGGUCAAACAAGGUCUGGAUAUCAUUGCUCCCGUCUUGCCGCUGCGUAUUGCUUCUCAAGGCAGUAACGAGCGUGUGCCUACCUGGGUGAGAUUGACUCGCAAGGUUGUGGUAGAAGACACACACAGCAUCUCACAAAUGGUCAAUGUGUAUCAACUGCUGAUCAGACAUGCUGAUCUCUUCUUUGACUACCGUGAACACUUUUUACCCCAAAUCGUAAAUACACUGCCUAAACUUGGCUUGCUACAGAACGCGACACCGGAACACAAGAUGCUUACUGUGGAAUUAGCCGAGUUGAUUAUCAAGUGGGAGCAGAAACGCAUCCGUUUGCAGCAACAGGCAGAGCAAGCCGCGUCUCCUGGGUCUCCUUCCAAACGUAAAAUAGACGCUGAUGGUGAUUUUGAAAUGCAAGAUCAACAAAAUGAACCCAACGAGAGUCCUAGCAAGAAAGCACAGGUGCAAACCUCGUCUGGUCAAGUCAAAGCUGUUGCAUCCACAUCCAGUAACUCACCGCACAGUAACAGCAGCAAAGAAUACUCACCCAGCCUUACGCUGCGUGAAAGCGUCGUCGGUUACCUGGUCCGACUUUCCUGCAUCUUGUUCAAUCCUUCUGAUAUGAUACAAAAGAGACUUGUGCAGAGAACCAUUGAGCUCGUCAAGUCCUUCUUGAAGCCAGAUCUCUGGUCGGAUGUCCAUGUGCGAUUUCAACAUGUGGAGCGUUCUCUGUUGUUCAAAGAUGCUUCCAAUGAAAUGGUGGUGUCUAGUGUUUGUCAUGCCCUGGAAAUUUUGAAUGCUGAUAUCACGCACAGAGACACAGAUUGGUUUAUUGAGAAUAUGGGUCAAUUGUAUCGCUUGUUAGAAGCCAGUAUUCGAUCUGAGAAUACGCGUAUCCAGACUGCUCUGUACCCUGUGUUGGUGUGUAUCAUUGGCGCUAUCGACAAGUACAAGGCUGCUAUGGCCAAACAGAUGGAGAGUGCCGCAAGUCAUGUAGAAGAUGCCACGCCAACCAGUGCAACAAAGACUCCCAUGGAUACAUCGCCCACCGCUUCAGCAGACCACACAAACUCAAAUGAAGAGGCACCUGUUGACAAUGAAGCCACAUCUAUGGAGGAAGAUACACCUGCCUCAGCUGCACCUACAGAUAAUAACACAGCCACUACUACUGUAGAGGAGGCUAGCAACAAGGACUUGUCUGAUAGUAAUGUCGCACCUGCUGUGGACCCCACGCCAGCGCAACCCGAACUCUCGCCUGAAGUGGUUGCCUUUAUGAGCUUGGUCGAGUACAUUAUCAAGGAAGGAUUCACCAACAUGACCAACAUUUACGGAGUUCUCAAACUACUGCAAGCAGCCAGCCACAGUCAAGACGAGUACUUGGAUCCUCAUGUGCCUGGCCUUGUUAAGGUACUACAAUUGCUGACAAAAGAGCACACCAUGCCAACCCACUCAACCACAACAUCCACCACCACAUCGUAUGAAACACAAGUGAGUUUAUUGAUCUUGGGUCUGUCUCUGUUAAAGAAGCGCAUUGCUCAUUUGGGAGACCAACGUCGCUGGUUCUUGACAUGCUUGAUCCAGCUGAUUGAAAAGUCGCCUGACAUCUCUCUGUUGCGCAACAUUCUGGACAUGCUGAGUGAAUGGGUGCUUGGUAAAGUGGAGCCUAUCCCUACCAUCAAGGAGAAGGCUGGCUUGCUGGGUAAAAUGAUGACCAUUGAGUCCAGAAACAACACACAAUUAACCCAAGACUUUUUGACGCUGGUACUCAAGAUUUACAGCGAUCCUUCGUUUGCUCGCUCUGAAUUGACAGUGCGUAUGGAACACGCUUUCUUGCUGGGCACUCGCAACGACAAUCCACUGAUCCGAGGCCAGUUCAUGAAGAUAUUUGAUGAUAGCAUCGGCCAAACACUGGCUGCUCGUCUUAACUAUAUUCUGGGCAUUCAAAACUGGGAGCCCCUGGCUAACUCGUUCUGGUUGCAUCAGGCUUUGGAUCUGCUGGUGGGAUCUGUCGACAUUGAUACACACGUGUCUGCUCCUUAUACGCUGAAGGUCAAGCCCAUUGGCAUCUUUGCCAGCAGCAUUGACCAAGACAACACAGCUAUGAAGGUGGAUGUGCCCGAAAGCAUUGCUUGUAUUGUCAAGGAGCACCGUACUUUCUUGAAGAACUUGCAGGGUAUUCAAGUGAGCAACACGCUGAAUGACAUUCGACAAUUGCAGUAUCUGGAUGAUGAGACCGCGUUCAGGCUCUGGGUGGAUCUGUUCCCCAUGUGCUGGACGGCGCUCACCAACGUAGAGAGGCAUGACAUUGCCAAGGUGCUGACUAUACUGCUCUCCAAGGACUAUCAUGCCAAACAAGCGGAGCGCAGACCCAAUGUGGUGCAAGCAUUGCUGACGGGCAUUUCCAACACCACCCCCACCAUUCCUACUCCAUCUCAUUUGAUUAAAUACCUGGGCAAGACGCACAACUGCUGGCACACGGCCAUUGAAAUGCUGCAGAAGCAAGCCAUCACAGGUCGCUUGACUGACGUUCCCAAGGAGGAGCAGCAGGACCAGCAACGUACCUUGGAUGCAUUAGCAGAGAUGUAUACAGCACUGGAUGAAGAAGACAUGCUCUAUGGCUUAUGGCGUCGUCGUUGUGUCUACUCUGAAACCAACAUGACCGUAUCGUGCGAGCAGUGCGGCAUGUGGCAACAAGCACAACACAUGUAUGAAAACAUUCAAAUCAAGGCGCGUGGCGGCAUCUUGGCUCACACUGAAUCAGAGAGUAUGUUAUGGGAGGAUCACUGGAUCAUGUGCACUCAAAAGCUGCAGCAAUGGGAUAUCUUGUCUGAUCUCGCCAAGCACGAUAACAACACCAAUCUACUUCUGGAGUGUGCCUGGCGCUUGUCUGAUUGGACAGCAGAGAGAGAAGCACUGGAGCAAUCACUACAUCAGCUGUCUGAUUUCCCUGCGCCUCGUCAAAAGAUCUUUGAAGGCUUCUUGACACUGAUCAAAUCGCAGACCAGCCAAGACAAGUUGCCCGAGUUUACUCGCAUUUGCGAGGAAGGCGUCCAACUGUCGCUUCGUCAGUGGCAUGCUUUGCCUUCUGUGGUGACUCAGAGUCAUUUGCCUUUGCUGCAAACCUUUCAACAGUACCUGGAGCUCUCUGAGGCGAGUCAGAUCUUCAAGAGUCUUUCUAGCACCAACGCUCAGAACUUGGAUCAACGAUCCGCAGAACUUCGCAGUAUCCUAGGAACAUGGCGUGAACGUUUGCCCAACAUGUGGGACGACAUCAAUGUCUGGAGUGAUCUUGUGGCAUGGCGUCAGCACAUCUUCAGUGCUAUCAACCGUACCUACUUGCCGCUGAUCCCUAUGCUUCAACCAACACCUGGUCAGAACAACUCUAGCAGUGGACAUUCUUACGCCUAUCGUGGCUACCAUGAAACUGCCUGGAUCAUCAAUCGAUUCGCACACGUUGCCCGCAAGCACCAACUGUACGAUGUCUGUAUCAACUAUUUGACCAAGAUCUACACACUGCCCAACAUUGAAAUCCAGGAAGCCUUUUUAAAGCUGCGUGAACAAGCCAAAUGCUACUAUCAAAACCCCAAUGAAUUGACAGCUGGCCUGGACGUGAUCAACAACACCAACUUGAUGUACUUUACGCAUCAACAAAAGGCUGAGUUCUUUACGCUAAAGGGCAUGUUCUUGGCCAAGUUACAGCACAACAACGAAGCCAAUGAAGCCUAUGUUAAUGCUGUUCAGAUUGACAUGACUCUACAUCGCGCUUGGGCUGAAUGGGGCAGAUACAAUGACCGCCGUUUCAAGGAAAAUCCCAAGGAUCUGUCGUGGGCCAACAAUGCAGUUAGUUGCUACUUGCAAGCAGCUGGUUUGUACAAGAAUGCAAAGUCGCGUAAGCAUCUACUGCGUAUCUUAUGGCUACUGAGCUUGGAUGAUCAGAAUGGCACCAUAUCGCGUGCUGUGGAAGGCUACAAGGGUGAAUGGCCUGUGUGGUACUGGAUCACAUUUAUCCCCCAAUUGUUGACAGCACUGCAACAUCGUGAAGGUAGACAUGCCCGUGCCAUCUUGAUUCGCAUCGCCAAACAGUUCCCUCAAGCGCUGCAUUUCCAACUGAGAACAGCCAAAGAGGACAUGUUGAAGCGUGCCAGUGUGUUGCAAGCGAAUAUGGCCGCUGAAGCAGCUCAGCAACAGCAACAGCAGCAGCAGCAGAACAAUGCCACUACGCCAGCCACAGCUACAGCUGAUAGUAAUAAUAAGAAUGGAGCAACCGAGUCUACAUCUGCCAAAGAAGAUGCCAUGGACGUGGAUCAAAAGGAAGAAAACACAGAGGAAAAGACAUCCAGUGAUACUGAUGCUGUUAAGCAGGAAGUUACAGGCGAGAGUGCUGUUGUAGUUGACAAGAAAGAGAAUGACACGGCACAAGUCAAGACGGAAGAGACGAGUACCGAAACGCCACCACAACAAGCUCAGAAUGGCAGUAGUACGCCAGUGGCUGCAUCUCAGGCUUCACCUGCUGUCAGUCAUGCCAGUGACAGAACAUCCUCUGCUACACCCAAGCAACAACCUGCACAAGGAUUUUCACCCAAUGCCGCUGCAGCUGCAGUAUCAUCCACGCCUACUGUUCCUGGCAACAACAACAACAACAACAGAGGACCUUUGCCUACGCAAAUCAACACGUCUGCUGCUGCCGCCAGCCCAUUGGAUGAGAUCAUGUCGAUGCUCAAAACUGGUUAUCCUCUAUUAGCCUUGUCCAUGGAAACCAUGGUGGAUCAAAUUCAACUGAAAUUCAAGCCUCAAGCGGAUGAAGACAUGUAUCGUUUGGUGGUUGCCUUGUACAAUGAGGGAGCUCAGCAAUUGCUGACACGAUUGACCAAUCCCAACGACACAUUCCAACUAACCCAUGCUACUGUUGCAAAUAUCCAUCGAUUCGCUGACAGCCUUUAUCCUGGACACAUGAAGACGGCCUUUGUCAAUGAUUUCGCCAAAACCAAGCUGAAUCUGGAGGAAUACGUAGCCAAGUUGAGAUUGUGGCGUGACAAGUUUGAAGCUAUGCUAGAUGCCCGUCCUCGCAAACACAAACUGGAAGCUUCAAGUCAUUAUCUGGUUGAAUUCCAACACCAAAAGUUUGACGAUGUUGAAAUUCCUGGCCAAUACUUGCUGCUCAAGGACAAUGCCAACGACUUUUUGCGCAUCGACCGUUUCCUGCCCGAGGUGGAAAUCAUCCGUAGCUAUGGCAACUGCUAUCGUCGUUUGACCAUUCGCGGCCAUGAUGGCACCAUUCAUCCCUUCUUGAUUCAAAACCCGGUGGCUCGCCAGUUCCGUCGUGAAGAGCGAUUGAUGCAGCUGUUCCGUAUGCUGAACUACAUUCUGGAGCGCAGAAAAGAGAGUCGUAUGCGCAACUUGGUGUUCCAUUUGCCUGCUAUUGUACCUCUGGCUCCCAAUGUGCGAAUGGUGCAGGAUGAUCCUUCUUACACUUCGCUAUAUGACAUUUAUGAAGAUCACUGUGACAGUGUGCACAUGCACAAGGAUGACCCCUUGGUGUGCUUUGUGGAAAAAUUUAAAAACAACGUGCACGUGCAGAAGGAUAUUGUGAACCAAAAGACUGAAUUGUUGAAUUUGCGCAUGGAAAUCAAUGACUACAUCUCGACCAAUAUGGUGCCAUCCAACAUCCUCAGCAAAUAUUUGUUCAAGACCAUGAGUUCAUACACGGAUUAUUGGAUGCUUCGUAAACGCUUCACUGCACAGUACGCAACAGCUACAUUCAUGGCUUACAUAUUUAGUGUGGGCCAUCGCAUGCCUCACAAAAUUAUGAUUUCUCGCAGCACGGGUAAUGUUUGGAUGACUGAGCUUUUACCUGGCUGGAACUCUGCAAAUCCAUUGUUUGGUAAUGGUGAAGCGAUUCCCUUCCGUUUUACACCCAAUAUUCAAGAAUUCAUCACCCCUAUUGGCAUUGAAGGUCUGUUCACCAGCUGCUUGAUGGCUACAGCCCGUUGUUUAACAGAACCCGAGUUUGAGCUGGAUCAAUACUUGUGCCUAUUUGUUCGAGAUGAGCUCGCUACAUGGCAUCUGGCAAAUCAUCGUUCCGUCACUGAUGUGCAAUUCCGCGAAAGAAUCAACACUAAUGUACUUCAAGUUCAAACAAAAGCGCAAUUCUUGUCUUGCAAAGCAGAUCGCGAAAAGACAUUGAAUGCAGGCAAACCUUUAAAUCAAAAUGUGAUUGAUCUGAUCUCUCAAGCUAGUAAUCCUCAAAAGAUGGCUCAGAUGGAGUGUACCUGGAUGCCUUGGUUGUAA